AUGAACCUGUGUGUAUUCACUCUCUUGCUGGCAUUCAGUUGUGUUGCCAGUGGCCAUUAUUACUAUGAUUACGAUUUCCCUCAAGGCAUCUAUGGGUUCUCAAUACCAAACUGCGCACCAGAAUGUGACUGCCCUCCGAGCUACCCCACGGCCAUGUACUGUGAUGACCUGAAACUGAAAAGUGUGCCCAUGGUGCCUGCUGGAAUCAAGUACCUUUACCUUAGAAACAAUCAGAUUGAUCACAUUGACGAAAAGGCCUUUGAAAAUGUAACUGACUUGCAGUGGCUCAUUUUAGACCACAACCUUCUAGAAAGCUCCAAGAUAAAGGGAAGGGUGUUCUCUAGACUGAAACAGCUGAAGAAGCUGCAUAUAAAUUACAACAACCUGACAGAGUCUGUGAGCCCACUUCCCAAAUCUCUGGAGGACCUGCAACUGACUCACAACAAGAUCACAAAGCUUGGUUCCUUAGAGGGACUGGCAAACCUGACCUUCAUAAAUCUGCAACACAAUCAGUUGAAAGCUGAUGCUGUUUCUGCUGCUUUCAAAGGCCUUAAAUCACUGGAGUACCUUGACUUGAGCUUUAAUCAGAUGACCAAAUUGCCUUCUAGUCUUCCGAUUUCUCUUCUAACUCUCUACCUAGACAACAACAAAAUCAGCAAUAUCCCUGAUGAAUACUUCAAGCGUUUUAAAGGACUCCAGUAUCUGCAUUUAUCUCAUAAUGAACUAGCUGAUAGCGGAAUACCUGGAAAUACCUUUAAUGUGUCAUCCCUGGUGGAGCUGGACCUCUCCUACAAUAAGUUGAAAAGCAUACCAACUGUCAGUGAAAACCUGGAAAACUAUUACCUGCAAGUCAAUGAACUUGAAAAGUUUGAAGUAAAGAGCUUCUGUAAAAUCCUGGGACCUGAAUCGUUCUCCAAAAUCAAACAUCUGCGCUUGGAUGGCAACCACAUCACCCAAAUGAGUCUGCCACCUGAUAUGUAUGAAUGUCUACGUGUAGCAAAUGAAAUUGCCGUGAAUUAA